GCGGCCCCUGAGGGGCCGGCGCGUGCCCGCCCGUUGCACCGGAGCUGCGGGGGCCGCCGGCCUGCGGGCGGGAAGGCGGGAGCUGGUGUGGGCGCCAGCAGCUGCUCCGGGGGAGAGGAGCCUCCUGAGGCUGUGCCCCAGCGGGCGGGGCGCGCUGGGCCUGGAGCGGCGCCUCGGUGUUCGGAGCGGGAGGUUGCGGGGCGCGCAGGUUUAGUGUGAUGCAGUGUCGGUUUGGUGUCCGCCGAGCUGAGAGCGGUGUGUGGAGGAGAAACUGAGGGCUGGAGGAGCGUCCUCCGGAUUUCGAUGGUCCUUUCCAAGCAACUCAGCUGUGGAAUGGUAUUAUUCAUGCUCUACAUAGUCAGGUGGAAAUCAAAAGACGUAGACAACACCUGAAAACAUAUAAAAACUGUUUCACCGGCUCAAAUGCUGUUGAUGUGGUGCUGAGCCAUCUUAUGCAAAGCAUGUACCUAAGCUGCAAUGAUAUUUCUCGGCUGAAGGGAGUCCGUGUAUGCCAAGCAUUGAUGGAUCACAAGGUGUUUGAGCCAGUUGGAGCAAAGCUUUAUUUAUUCAAGAACGAAAAAGAAACAGAGUUUGAAGACACAAACACUAGCCUCUAUAAAUUUGUAAAUAGCAGUCUUACUCCUCUUCCUCCAAGAAAGAAUAAAGGCAAUGAGAUCUUGUCUCCUGAGCAAAUCUGCAAACAGAAGAUAAAAAGACUUUCCAGCAGAACAAAGUGUGAAACAACACUUUCAAACCCCUUAGCAUUAGAAGCAGCUGAUAAAAAGAGGGUAGAGGAGCUUCUUCGAUCAAUAAGUGUUCAUGCCUCUCUACCUCCAAAGAUCAUGGUUAAUAAACAAACUCAUCUGCUUUCAAAAAGAGUAAUAGAAGAUGUCUGGAAACAGCAAACUCUACUACGACUGCUGCAGUUAAUUGAUGUUCCGAUUCUAGAAAAUAUCUUAGUGUCUUCAGUGAAAACAAAACCAGAGGGAUUUGGCAGAGAAGAAGACCUGAUUAUCUCAAAUACGUUCCUGGACAGAGAGGUUACGUGUAUAUUAAACUUGCCUGAGCUUGACAAAUGGCUCUAUGCUGCAAUUGAAUGCUUGGAGUAUUUCCCAGACCAAUUCAUAGUGAUGGUUAGUCAGCAGUUACCUCAAAGCACUAACAAACCCGGCAGUCUGAAUACAUACAAGAAGAUUCUCUUUGACAUUAUAAUAAAGUAUUAUAGCCAAAAGAAGGACUCCCUUCUUGCCACUCAGGAUCUCGAUAUUCAUUCAGGAAUUAUAGAACUUAUAGAAAAAGGAAAAACAGAUCAAGCUCUAGAAGCAUCACAACUUUAUUUAAAAUUAUUAGCACCAAAUACCCGGGAAGAGCUACAUAGACUCCUGACAUUCAUAGCCAUUGCAUCAGAAUCUGAGGGCUACAAAUUACAAAAACAAUUUGAGAACAGAUCGGUGAUCAUCAAGACUUGCACAAAGUUCAUUUUGCAAAAUAAGACAUUGUCAAAACCACAGGCAGAACUGCUGACUCAGUUUCUGAUGGACAAUCACUCCGAGCUCUCCAAGAGUCCUUUAACUCUUCUGGAACUAACUAGUAGAAGACUAGAGAGUUUGCUAGAAGGACAAGAUCCGGAUAUCAAUUCAGGCUUCACCUUCUGUCAGCGUGUGACAGCUAAAGUAUAUGAAGAUCAAAAACAACAAACAAACCAGCAUCUUCUCACAUUGGUUCAAGAGAUGGUCAAUGACCCCACUAUUCCUUUGAAGCAGAAGAAGAAAUUAAUUAAAGAAUUCAGAAAACACCAUUCUCUCACCUAUUGUAGUGGUUGUAAAGCUACAUGUGAAUUUUGUAUUCAAAAUGGUUAGACUCAAUUCAGCCAUUUAAUUUUUUUAAAAAUGGGAGGGUGCAUAUGACAAUUGUUCCCUGCAAACCAUUUUCUUCUUAUGUUCUUACACCUUCAGCUACAGAAAACUACAACUAUCAAAAUUACUAUGCUGCUAAAAAGAAUUAAUCCUUAUUAAUGACUCUUUAAGCAAAAUGUACUUAAUUACUUGCACACUGCUUGUUCUGCUUUGAAUUCAGGGUUUGGCACUUUUUUCCCUUCCAUGUCCCCAUGGCUUUCUGGCUGAGCCAAGUCUACAUUCAGACCCACGCUUGGGUUGACAGUAAGGUUUUCAAUAUUUUCUAUCUAAUUCAUACUGUAACCUAGUUUUAAACUGUUGAUUAUAAUUCCUGGGAGUAUUGUAGAAGUGUAAUAAGUGUGUCAAAACCAUUAGGAGCAGGUCAGUGGAUUUUGAAUCUGGCAGGCAGCAUUUGUUAGGCAGGGAAGCUGUGUGUGCUUGCAGCCAGUAAUCAUAGCCUAUUGCUCCUUCCCCACUCUGGCAGACUGAGCUGCUGCUAACUCAACAGUUAUGCAAAAGCAAGUAAAAGGUUACAUUUAAAAAAACUUGAGAAACAGUAAUCUUGGUUUAGAUCUCUUGGUGUACAUAAGCAAUUUAUUUUAGCAUGAGGAUACUUGGAUAUUGUCCAGUUAUUUAUCAUAAAUACUUUGAUAGCUUUUAUGGAUUCAUAGGCCAAAGCUAGAAGGCAUAUUGGCUUGUCAACACAUUGAUGGUUAACUGUACGUUGGCAAGGAAAUGUUGAUUGAAAUCAUAAAUAAAUAUGCAAUAUAAUGUUACAGGGUUUAAAUUACUUCCUCCAUCCUCAUGACAGACAUCUAAUUAGGCAUUGGACAUAGAAAUGUAAAACUGAGGUUGGAAGGGACCUCUGGUCUAGUCCUACUGCCCAGCUCAAAGUGAAGUCAGUGCAGGCUGCUCAGGGCCUUCUCCAGUUGAAUUUAGAGUAUCUCACCUUUCAGGUGAGCCUGGUCCAGAGUUUGACCAGCCUCACAGUAUGUAAACAAAAAAAAACCAACCCACAAAGAAAUCAUACUACCUUAUGUUUGGGUAGAAUUUCUUGAAUUUCAGUUUGUACCCGUUACCUUCUGUCCUUCCACUGGGCACCACUGAGAAGCAUCUGGCUCUGUCAUCUUUACUUUUUCCCCUGAGCCGCCUUUUCUCAAGGCUAAAUAACCACAGCUCACUCAGCUUCUUCCUUAUGUGACAGGUGCUCCAAUCCUUUGUAAUUUUCUUGGCCCAUUUGCUGGACUGGUUCUAUAUGACCAUGAUUUUUCACUGUGAAUAUGCUGCUUUAGGUGUCUACAUCCUCCGCUGCUCUUCAAAUGUGUGGUCAAGUUAGCAGGAUACCAAAGCUUUCUA